UGGAAUUCAAACAACAUCUUCAAAGAAACAACAAGUCCAUUCUGCCCAAACCCUCCUACAAAAUACUCUCAAAUCGCGUACACGCUUUCGAAAAGAAAAUCGUAUUCAGCAUCUCAAACAACCCCUAGGAGGCAAAAUGACCGACAACUUCGUUGCCCCAGGCCAGCAGCGCAACCUCCGCGCCUGCAUGGUUUGCUCCAUCGUCAUGACCCAGAACCGAUUCCUCAAAGAAGGAUGUCCCAACUGCGAAGAAUUUCUCCAUCUCGAAGGCUCCAUGGACGCCAUAGUCGACUGCACAUCACAAGUCUUCGAAGGGCUGAUCUCGCUCGCAGAUCCGAGUCGGAGCUGGGUCGCAAAAUGGCAGCGGUUGGAUGGGUAUGUGAAGGGUGUGUAUGCUACGAAGGUUAGUGGGCAGUUGCCGGAUGAGGUUGUGGCGGUUAUGGAGGAUGAGGCGAGGAUUAAGUAUAUCCCGAGGGACGGAAGUGCUACGGAGGCGGAUUAGAGUGGAAUGGACUCUCUGAUGAGGAACAUGGUUGGGCUGGGGAUUUGCUGCGUAGAAUUGAGACAUUGUGAAUGGAAAAGCGGCACGGAGUCAAUGGAGUCAAGGACGGAC